UCAUCUGCUAUCAGCUGACUCUUGCUGUCAUGUGACCUACUAUGGCGACGCGGUGAAUGGAGAAACUACAGGAUAGCAUACAAUAAAAACACCCAAAUAAUGACGCUUUAUCACAAUAUAUGAAUUAUUCUGUUAUACUGCACAAAGUUGACUGUCGUUGUUUGAAAUAUAUUAGACCUGAGAAUCACACGUGUGGAAAUGGGUCUAGAUCCUGCCUCUCUACGCUUAGACCAGCAGUUACUAGAUUUUAUGGAUCAGCUUGAGAUGUUGGAGGAGAAAAGACAAAAACUUAACACGCUCAUAGAAGAGGGAUGGUUUAACAUUUCCAAGGCCCGUUACUCGAUGGGGAACAAACAGGUCUCAGCCCUACAGUAUGCCAGUGAGAUGGAGCCACUUGUACAUGUUUAUGCCAGCCAGUCAGAAAAGGGGGAAGCAGAGUUCAAGUGUGAGCGAAUCAAUGGAAAAGCAGAAGAACUAAAAGAGAGUGAUACAGUAGAGACCAUAGGACCAGCAGAGGGAGGUCUCAGAAGGCGAGUAAAUGUUAAAAAGAAAGAAAAUAAGGAUGAAAAAGACAAUUCCAAAGACCAAUCUGAGAAGGAACCUCAAUUUAAUUCAAAGGGUGAGAAAUCUCCAUGUCAGCAUCAAGAUCCUCUGAACUGGUUUGGGAUCCUUGUCCCACAAAACCUUAAGCAAGCUCAGGCAGCUUUUAAAGAAGUCAUUACUCUAGCAGCUGAGAUCUCAACCCUGCAGAGUGCGAUUGUGAAAACUAGACUGGAGAUGCAGACUCAGAUGAAGGAUAAACAGAAGAUUGUCUCUGAAUUGAAAGAAUAGUGCAUCACACAUGAGUGUUUAGUGUUUUCCUAACUUUAUAUUUAUUUCUCAGAUGUUGUACUAGUCCCUUUUAUGAACUACAAUGUGAGUGAUUCUUAAUUUGGAAAUAAAAAAUGAAUAAUUCUUGUAA